AUGGCCGAGUCCACCCAACAGCCAAUGCACCUCAUCAACCCCACAGACCUCCAAACCUUCGUCACACAAGUCCUCAUCGCAAACAACACGCCCCCAGACAGCGCCGCCAUUGUCGCAAAAUGCCUAGUCGCAGCCGACCUGCGUGGCGUAGACACCCACGGCUCCAACCGCAUCCCCUCCUACAUGGAGCGCAUUCGACAAAAAGCCCUCGACCCAACAGCCACGCCGACCCUACGGCAAAUAACGCCCGUAGCCGCACAGAUCGACGCGCACAAUGGGUUCGGCUUCGUCGCCGCGCACGCGGGUAUGGCUCGCGCAAUUGAAAUGGCCGAGACAUAUGGUAUGGGGAUGGUCUCGGUCAAGCACUCGAAUCAUUUCGGCAUGUCGGCGUGGGUGGUGAAGCAGGCGCUGGACGCGGGGAUGAUGAGCCUGGUAUUUACGAACUCGUCGCCCGCACUGCCUGUUUGGGGUGGCAAGGAGAAAUUGAUGGGGGUUUCGCCUAUUGCGUGCGGUGCGCCGAGUGGAGAUCCCGCGAAGCCGUUUAUUCUGGAUAUGGCGCCGUCUGUGGCGGCCCGCGGUAAGAUCUAUAAGGCGUUGCGGCGGGGAGAACGCAUUCCGACGGAGUGGGCGCUCGAUAAAGAAGGUUGUCCGACGGAUGAUCCGGCGAAGGCGUUGGAGGGCGUGAUGUUGCCGAUGGGCGGGCCGAAGGGGUCGGCACUGUCGAUUAUGAUGGAUGUCUUCUCUGGGGUGUUUUCUGGAGCUGCGUUUGCGGGGCAUGUUACGAACCCCUAUGAUCCGUCGAAGCCGGCAGAUGUGGGACAUUUCUUGGUCGCUAUUAAGCCGGACUUGUUUAUGACUAUGGAGGAGUUUAAAGAGCGGAUGGAUUAUCUGUACAAGAGGGUUGUGGAGUCUGAUAAGAUGGCAGGUGUGGACAGGAUUUACUUCCCUGGGGAAAUCGAGAUCCUUAUGGAGCAGACACGGCUAGCAGAGGGUAUUCCUUUUGCGGAGGCUGAAGUUGCGGGACUAAAUAAGGAGGCUGAUUUAGUUAACGUUGAACAUCUGAAGGUCAUGCAAUGA